AUGGCAUGCUCUGGAGUGUUAAACAAGUUGGAUGGUGUUCAAAAGGUUGAUAUCUCUUUAGAUGAACAAACUGUUGAUGUUUACAGUAGUUUAGAUUACAAUACCGUUGAAUCAACUAUUGCUAAGACUGGAAAGAAAAUUAAUAGCGGGAAGGUUGUUGCUUAG